AGAGGAUUUAAAGCUGCGUCACAAAGUUUCUCACUUUGUUUGAGAAAGUCUCCAGAAGUGCGUGUUUUCUCUCCGGAGUCUGGUUCCGUCCUCUGUCUGAAGUGUACCCGGGAUCUGCAGCAGGAUGUCGCUGACGGUGAAGGCCUACCUGUUGGGGAAAGACGAGACGGUGAAAGAGGUCCGGAGGUUCGCGGUGGACCAGGACGUCUCCUGCAGCUUCGAGUAUCUGAGCAGGAAAACCGAAGGAAUCUUUAAUAUCCUCAAGAGCAACGGCUUCAACAUGUACUACAGAGAUGAAGAUGGAGACCUGGUGGCGUUUUCCUCUGAUGAUGAACUGAUGAUGGGUCUGGCCUGCAUGAAGGACACCACCUUCCGCCUCUACAUCAAAGAGAAGAAGGAGCACCGCCGAGACUUCCCUCUUCACGCCUUCCCUCCCUUUGCCUUUGGCCACCCUCCUCCACCUGGAGCUCCUCAUGCCCCGCCCCCUCACCUGGCCCCGCCUCCGGCCCUGCACCCUAGCAUCACCUGUGACGGCUGCGAAGGCCCCGUGGUGGGAACUCGCUUCAAGUGUUCCGUUUGUCCGAACUACGACCUGUGCUCCGCCUGCCAGGCUCGAGGGACGCACACUGAGCACGCCCUGCUGCCCAUCUGGCACCCUCUGCAGUGGUUUCCUCGGGGGAAAUGGAUGAAAAAGAUGAGACACUGCAUGUGGAACCAGAACCUGAACGUGAACCAUGCUCAGAACCAGGAUCAGGACCAGGCUCAGGACCAGGCUCAGGAUCAGCCUGGAUCCUCCAGACCUACUGCUGACUGCAGCGCCCCCUCUGCCUCUCAGGCCAACGUGGACUUCCUGAAGAACAUCGGCGAGGGCGUGGCGGCCAUGUUGAGCCCACUUGGUAUCGAUGUGGACAUCGAUGUGGAGCAUGACGGCCAGAGGACCAAAGUGACCCCUCCCUCCCAGAGCGGAGGGGAGGAGGGAAACGUGGAGAUGGAUGGCGUUGAGGGCGUUGAGGGCGGAGCCAGCGAGGGGUCAAAGGUGUGCAGAGAAUCAGAGACCGAUGAGGAGUGGACUCACCUGAACCCCCGAGAGGUCGACCCCUCCACCGGAGAGCUGCAGUCCCUCCAGCCCGGGAACCAGGACCAGAACCAGGACCAGGACCGGGGUCCCCCGUCAGGACAGCAUGGGCCAACAGGUCUGAAGGAGGCGGCUCUGUACCCUCACCUGCCUGAAGAGGCGGACCCCCGCCUGGUGGAGUCUCUGUCUCUCAUGCUGUCGAUGGGUUUCACCGAUGAAGGCGGCUGGUUGACUCGCCUCCUCCAGGCCAAAAACUUCGACAUCGGCGCCGCACUCGACGCCAUCCAGUACGCCAAACAGCCCCGCCCACACCAGCCCUGAUGUCACCACCAUGAUGUCACCACUGACAUCGUCUAUCUCAACCAUGAUUGGUUCCUGUUGUUUCUAUAAUCUGUUAGCAUCAAUCAAUACUUUUAACUCUUUGAUUCCUGUCUCCACAUUCUGAUCUUUGUUGCUCUGAUCAAUAAACACAUCAGGACUGAACCUGAAACUACUGA